AUGCAAUUUUUCGAUACAUUUCUUCAAUAUACCCCUCUCAUUUCGCGACAGGACCUUGACCUAUCUCUUUUCCAAGCCUUCCUCUCCAAGGAGUCCGUUGAGGCUACAUUUCAGCCUAGAUUACUCGCGCCGGAGAUUAUUACAGCGGCCUGGUUCUUAUUACUCGCUCGGUAUGCACAGGCAGAGUCGUUGCAUGUACAAACUCAAAGAUUCAAUCACCCGAAGGCAAAAGCCACCGUAUCAAAGUUGACACUUGGGCCACAUACUCGCCUCGAGGACGUGGUGAAAAAAACCAGCACACUGCCAGAGGCCGACUUGUGUGUAACAGAAAAUAGUGUCCAUGCCUUUCCGCUGGCGGAGCGCCAUGGGGCCAAGUUGGAUGAUGGGUUUCGAACAGCCAUCGUUGCAACAGCAUAUCAUAAAAGUUCAAACGACUCGAAAUUGUUGGCACAACUCUCCUCAUGUCAUAUCAUUGCGCGGUGUCAUUUUGACAAACUGUUGCUUUGGGUUGACCCCAGACUGGGGGAUCUCCAACUGCCUCGGCGAUUGCUUUCCCAGUUAGAAUUCAUUGCAGCGCAGCUGGUACAUCUAUCUUCCAGCACACAAGUAAUAGGCGAUCUGGAAUAUUUCAGCCCAGAAGACCAGAUGGACGCGAAUACAAAUGAUCCACCUCUCAGACCGGCCAUUUCGAAGCUUCUACAUGAGGUGAUCGCCUCAUUUGCUAUGUCCCGACCAAACGCACCUGCUAUCUGCGCCUGGGACGCCGACCUAACUUACCAGGAGCUGGACAAACUCUCAACAAAGCUAGCCAGCCAACUUGUUCACGCUGGGGUUCGCCCAGGGGCUCUGGUUCCCCUUCUGUUCGAAAAGUCUGCCUACACACACGUGGCUCAGGUUGCAGUUAUGAAGGCUGGCGGCGCCUUUACAACUCUCCCAUAUGAUAUGCCACUUGCUCGAAUUAAUUCCAUUGUUUCCCAGCUAGCUCCCGAGGGAAGCUCAGGAAAGCCGGUUGUUGGGCUUUGCUCACCUUCUUUAGCCACCACGUUGGAACCACUGGUAUCUCUUACUAUUCCUGUGGAUGAGACAUCUAUGAAGGGCAUCUUCGAAGCCUCGAUAAUGGAACCACCCGGUGUUCAGCCCCAUGAUCCAGCCUAUGUCAUUUUCACCUCGGGGACUACUGGAGUUCCGAAGGGAGUGGUUGUGGAACAUCGCAAUAUCUGCAGCUCUUCUCAUUACUUUGGUGAAGAACAGAUGUCACUGGAUCGUCCGGGAGUCCGCCAAUCCCAAUUCCUAUCAUACGCAUUUGACGGCUCCAUGCAUGAAAUAUUCUACACAUUGGCUAAUGGAGGCUGCCUUUGUGUUCUAUCCGAAGAUGAGCGCAUGAACGAUAUUUCUGGGGCUAUGACACGCAUGGGGGUGACUCAUGCAAAGUUUACGCCAUCUAUCGUGGAUCAACUCUCACCUGAGGACUUUCCAACUGUCCAGAAACUGUUUCUGGGUGGGGAACCACUGACUACAGCUUGCGUGGACCGAUGGCAGCCACGGGUUGAAGUCUGGAACAACUAUGGCCCUGCAGAAUGCACCGUGCAGUCCACUGUUAUUAGCUGCAACAAUUCCAAAUGGGCCACUGGAGUAAUUGGCCACGCCGGAGCCAGUCGAUGUUUUGUGGUAGACCCAAGGAACCCCCAACGUCGGCUCCCUCGUGGAUGUAUUGGAGAAAUAAUCGUUGAAGGACCAAACGUGAGCCGCGGCUACCUGCACAAGCCGGCCCAGGCAAGCAGCGCUUUUAUCCAAGGCCUCUCCUGGGCUCCAUCAGGACGCUUCUACCGCACGGGCGACCUGGGAUACAUGGAUGCUUAUGGACUGUUGACCUGCAAAGGGCGCAGCGAUGACCAAGUCAAGAUUAAUGGACAGCGCAUUGAAUUGGGUGAGGUUGAGACCCAGCUCCAGUUGGUGCUACCUGGGGCUUCUCGUGGUGUGGUAGACGCGAUCAACCCGUCCGGGAGGGGCAAUGUUCUAGUGGCGCUUGUUCAAGUGGACGAGUGUCUGCCCGAGCGUAUGGACUUUGAUCGGUUAGAAGGCGAGAUUAGAGAAGGCCUAGCCCAAGUGCUCCCACCAGCAUUUGUCCCCUCACGCAUAGUGCAAGUGGGAGAAAUCCCACUCGGAGCCACUGGGAAGACAGACCGGAAGGCUCUGCGCAAAAUCGCCAACGAUAUCAUUUCUGGGCUGCUCGUGCAACAGAAAUACGGUAAUGUUGCCAAAAAUGAAAACACUACCCCGAAAGUGUUGGAGGAGAGAGAGAGCAUUCUUCGGGAGAUGUGGGCGGAGACUCUACACCUGUCUGUUGAGAUAAUGCAGUCUCAGUCGAAUUUCUUCCAUUUGGGUGGUAACUCCCUGCUGGCCAUGCGCUUGGCUGCCAUCGCUUGCAAGCAGUCCUGGAAUCUCAGUGUGAGGGAUAUUUUCGCUUAUCCUCUCCUUGGUGAGAUGGUGAAAGCCGUCUCAUCUCUUAACUCCACGAGUAUGAGUUGGGCUGUCGGAUACUCUUCAUUCAAGAUUCCCUCCGAACUCAAACCAAAGAUCACGAAGGACUGGAAUAUUGAAGAAUGCAUUGUGCAAGAUAUAUAUCCAGCUACUGCCAUUCAGGAGACCUUCCUUGCUCUUUCCACGGCAAACCAGGGAGCGUAUAUCAUGCAGUAUACAUUCACCAUCCCCGAUGGAGUCGAUGUUCAAUGUUUACAGAGAUCUUGGAGGUGUGUCAUGGAGGCACAUCCAAUUCUACGGACUCGAUUUUACAAUACUGCAGUUGGCCUUUUCCAGGUAGUGUUGGUGGAAGACUUUCACUGGGAAGAGCGAUGUGAGCCAGACUCGACCAAGCUGCGCAAACAGAUAAAGUCGACCCUUUUACUCCCAUGCCAGCCACUCAGCCAAUUUCACCUUCUUACGGACAAUGAGAGCGGCUCCCGAACCUUGAUCUGGACUGUCAGUCAUUCCUUGACUGAUGGAUGGACAAGCUCCCGCCUGUUUGGCGAAGUGCAUUCAGUCUAUGGCCGCGGUAUUGCUGUACCUCCUACCACCCCUUACUCUGCCUUUGUCCAGGAGUCUAUGCGGGCACCGGAAGCCAUGGAAGUAUUUUGGAAGAACCAGCUUGACCAUGGCCCUGUUAUGGAAUAUCCCAUCUUGCCUUACGCCGAUUUCCGACCCGAGACCAAUUCACGGCAAGCAGGUCAACUUCCAAUUGCCCACCUGUCCAACGCCUCUCGACACACCGUGCCUCUGAUGGUACGUGCCGCCUGGGCAAUUACUCUCAGUAACGCAACCCAACAAGAGGAUGUUCUAUUUGGUGUCAACCUGAGUGGUCGCCACGAAUUCCCAGAUGUGGUGGGUCCAACAGUCACAACUGUUCCACUGCGGACCACAGUGCGUGGGUCGCUUUUGAUCAGGGAGUUUCUGGACCAGCUGCGAGAUCAGUCGGUACGCAUGAUGCCAUUUGAGCAGACUAGUAUGCAACGUAUUGCUGCCAUCGACAACAGACAUCUUCAGUCCUACUGCAAGUUCCAAAAUUCGUUGGUUGUCCAACUGCCCCGGGAGCAGGUGAUUGGUGAUAUAUCCUUGGACUGGAUGCAUCCUACCCGCCUUGAUACAGUUUCAGCUCAAGGUCUUGUUGUCAACUGCCUGGUUGAGCCAUCUGCAGUAAAUGUAUGGAUGAACUAUGACAAUCGUGUCCUGGGAAAGGAAGCCAUGCAGGCUCUUAUGAACCGUUUUCUGGCAAUUCUUUCGCGGGUUCUCGCCAUGGAAAGAAAUCAAACCAUCGCUCAGGUCCGCACUGAGACACAAGACUUGUAUCAGACGAUCUCAGUUCCUAAAGGCUCUAGAGAAAUCGGAUAUCUUGGUCAAGCCAUCGAUGCAAGCCGUGUUGAAGGCCAAAUGGCGGCAAUUACUGGCAUGCCUCAGCACGACCGCCUUGUUGAACUAGUUCGACCGCAUGAAAGAUCAAACCAUCAUUUCCUCGCUGGAUUCAUUUCCACGGAUGAAAUCGAGCAGUUUACGCACCACAUCUCAGAUUUGCAGUUACAAAUGGGUCAACAUCUUCCUAACCACAUGAUACCCAGCCUUUAUGUCCCUAUGCCUACAGAUAAAAGUCCGUCUAUGGCUAGAGAGAAUCUGGAGAAAAUUGCCUGGGAUUAUGGGUUAAAGUCUGUUACUACUCUCUCAUCCACUCCUCUCCCUACUGGUCUCUCGCCUGUGGAGGAAAUCUUAAUGAAGUGCUGGGCGGAUGUCCUCGGUCGGGCAGAUAUCACAGUCCACGACAGCUUUCUCUUGCUUGGCGGUGACUCGAUCAAAGUGAUGCGGCUUGUCUCUGCUGCACGAGCUGCGAAUCUGCGACUGUCUGCCGCUUUUGCCCUCCAGAACCCCAUUUUCCGUCGAAUGGCUGCAGGUGCAGAGGUAGUCGAGUGUCAGGCGCUUCAAGGGGUUCAGGCGUGGUCACUGGUGGGAGGCAAGAAAACAAUGAUAGGUAUCCGUGAUGAGAUCGAGCACCAAACUGGCCAUAGCAUGGAUGGUUUGGAAGACAUUUUCCCAGUCACUGAGUAUCAGAAGUCGACUUUCUUGAAAUCUUUGCGAACCCCAGGGACUUGUGUGCUGCAAUCUCGAUAUCGACUCGAUAGCGAGGUUCAGUUCUCCAGAAUGCAGAUAGCGUGGAGAGAAGUCUGUCUGCAAUUCCCGUGUUUGCGGACACGACUAGUACGCCCAAAUGGUUGGGACGUUCUGCAAGCUGUGGUUUCGGAAAUGACAGAGCUCCAAAUGAUGCACUUUGCAACCAUGAAUGACCUUCGCGACCAUAUGCAGAAGACUUUGCUGGAUAUGACGCGCCUCGGCGCUUCAUUGAACGGAGGAGUCUUUGCCGUUGUGGGCGAAGGAGAAGACCAAGAGCGGCACCUGAUCUGGUCCAUUCACCAUGCCAUUUUUGAUGGAUGUACCUUGCGAAAGGUUCGCAAGGCCCUGGUAGAUAGAUACCAAGGCGUGAUUUCUCAGAAGUCUGCUCCGCUGCAAGACUACGUCGGCUUUCUCCAGAGCCAGGAUCCAACCGCAUCGGCACGGUACUGGACCCGGUAUCUCAAGGGGGCUAGUACAAGCGUGUUCCCCCACUAUCCGACUCCAGAAUAUGUGGUUCGCCCUCAUGCAACACAUCGGUUAGUUCUUGGGCUCAAGCGAUCGGGUCGCCAGCCAAUUACUCUGGCGACAGUGAUCCACGCUGCAUGGGGAAUGGUCCUCGUCUCGCUCACCCGCACUCGCGACGCCACAUACCAACAUCUCGUAAGUGGGCGCACCGCUGCAGUCGACAAAAUUGAUCACUUCGCUGGGCCGACGAUCAAUUUGGUUCCUAUGCGUAUCAAGGUGCAGGAGCGGCUGCGCUCGACAGUGGGAGGGUUCUUGGCAGAGAUUCAGGCUCAGUCAACAGAAAGAAUGCCUUUUGAAGGGAUUGGAAUGGAGAAAAUCAUGUCGUUAAUGCCUGAGAAGGCACGGCUCUUUGAUUUCCACCAUAUUCUAGUCAUCCACAGCGGUUGUGGAGGGGAACUGAAUUCGGAGGAGCAGAGCGGUCUAAUCCACAAAACAGAAGAGACCAUGAACCUGGAUGGGUAUCUCGGACUCGUUGUGCAAUGUACCAUGAACCAGGUUGGAGUUACAGUGGACCUGCGAUGGGAUGAGACACUUCUCCCGCACUCUGUGAUCAGUAUUCUUUGUGCGCGUAUGAGUUUUCUAAUACGCGCAAUGGUUGAGGGCGAUCAAUCUGUCACGGUGGCAGACCUCCGUCGACAAUGCAAUGCAUUGUGA